CUUUAUAAGAGAGAAAGAGAGACAGGGAGAGGAGAGGAAGAGAUCACUCGAGACGAGAGGCAGGUCGCAGAGUUUGAGAAACUCCUGCGGACGGUGGCGUUUUCUUCCUUUCUCCGUCUCCUUUUUAUCCCUUAUUCUUGCUAGCUAGGGUUCCUCAAGGGUUUUUGAGGAUUGGAUGGUUGGGUGUUAGGUCUACUGUGAUUCAAUGGUUAUGGAUCGACGAACGCGUGAGUUAUCUGGUGUGGAUGGAUUGAGUUGUGAAGAUUUCUUCUCCUAUCAGAACCCUGGGGGAUUCAAGCUGAACUAUCCCCAACCCUCUGUCAUGGAUAGCAGCAGCUUGCAUGGUUCUAAGUUUGAUGCUUCUCAGCUGUUCCCAGUUCAAAAUAACCUCCAUGGGCACAAAUAUAGUGUCGCCGAUCCCAAUAUAAAUCAAAGCAACCAUGCCAAUUACGAGGUUUCGGGUUCAGGUUCGGUUUCCGAUGGGAAUCCUCCGUCUACCUCAAGUAGAAGCCAUGAGGUUGAUUACCCUGAAGACUCUGACUUCUCUGAUAUUGUCUUGAGCUAUAUAAGCAGGAUCCUGAUGGAGGAGGAUGUGGACGAGAAGAUAUAUCCCUUUAAUCAGGAAAAGUCUGCUCUACAAGCUGCGGAGAAACCUUUUUAUGAUAUCCUUGGGCAGCAAUACCCACCACCAUCUCCCGGUAAAUCCUUUCUGGAUGAAAAUAGUAGAUUAGAGAGCCCCGAGGAAACUAGCUCCAGUUACGGUGUUUUCAGUGGGGAGAGCAGUAGUAGCGGAGUUGUUGAUCCAAGCUGGAUUCAGGAUUCGUCAGUGAGGAACCAGUUCACUUUCAGCUCAUCUAGUGUAGGGAGUGUUGAUCCAUCGCCUGUUUCUAGCCUGUUGAUUGAAAGCCAGCCUGCUUGGCAAUUUAAGCGAGGUAUGGAGGAGGCACAAAAAUUCCUGCCCAGUGAAAACAAAUUGGCCAUUGAUGUGAAUGUCAAAAAUCUUGCUUUAAAUUAUAAUUUGAAAGAAAAAGGCUUCACAUUUGAUACUGAGUAUAAAGUUGAGAAAGAACAACUGCUCCCAAUUGUUGGGUCUCGGGCACGGAAGAAACCGCUAAGUGAGGAUUUGGAUUUGCAGGAAGGUAGAAGCAUUAAGCAGUCAGCCAAGUCCUCUGAUGAUGCUGUCCGGUCUGAGAUGUUUGAUAACGUCUUACUAUGCCAGGGCGUGAAAACAUACGGAGUGAAUAAGAUGAAUGGUUAUCAUAUGGCAAUGCAAAACAGUGCUAAUAAGAGUUCUCAGAAUGGUCGAAAAGGUCGAAGCAAGAGACAGCAAAAGAAGGAUGUGGUUGACCUAAGAACCCUGCUUAUACAUUGUGCUCAGGCUGUUGCUGCUGAUGACCGCCGUAAUGCCAAUGAGUUACUAAAGCAGAUUAGACAAUAUUCAUCUCCUUUUGGUGAUGGAACACAGAGAUUGGCCCAUUGCUUGGCAGAUGGACUUGAGGCUCGCAUGGCUGGCACCGGAAGCCAAAUUUAUCACUCUCUUGUGGCAAAACGAACUACGGCAACCGAUAUCUUGAAGGCCUACAAGCUUUAUCUUUCAGCUUGUCCAUUCAAGAAGAUAUCACAUUUCUUCUCCAAUCAAACCAUAUUGAAUGCGUCUGAGAAGGCAUCAAGGGUGCACAUCAUAGAUUUUGGUAUCUACUUUGGCUUCCAGUGGCCCUGCCUUAUUCAGCGUCUUUCAUUGAGGCCAGGUGGUCCGCCAAAGCUUCGGAUCACCGGCAUUGAUGUGCCUCAGCCAGGUUUUCGUCCCACUGAGCGCAUUGAGGAGACUGGUAAAAGGCUGGCUGAUUAUGCUGAGAGCUUCAAUGUUCCAUUUCAGUACAAUGCGAUUGCAUCCAAAUGGGAGACCAUACGUGUUGAAGAUUUGAAGAUUGAUGAAGAUGAGGUGCUUAUUGUGAAUUGCUUAUACCGCUUCAGGAACCUGGUGGAUGAAACUGUGGUUGUCGAUAGUCCUCGGAAUAAGGUUUUGAGCACAAUCAGGAAGGCCAAUCCGGAUGUCUUUAUUCAUGGAAUUGUCAAUGGCUCAUAUAGUGCUCCUUUUUUUGUCACACGCUUUAGGGAAGCUCUAUUCCACUUCUCUUCUUUGUUUGACAUGCUUGAAACAACAGUGCUAAGAGAGGAUGCGCAGAGGAUGCUCAUUGAGAGGGACCUAUUUGGUCGUGAGGCUCUUAAUGUCAUAUCAUGUGAGGGUUCGGAAAGGGUGGAGAGGCCAGAGACCUACAAACAAUGGCAGGUGAGGAACUUGAGGGCUGGGUUUACUCAACUUCAACUCAAUCCUGAGAUCAUGAAGAGGGCAAAAGACAGGGUGAGAAGUUGUUAUCACAGGGAUUUUGUCAUUGAUCAAGAUAGCAGGUGGCUGCUACAGGGUUGGAAAGGGCGCAUCAUCUAUGCAAUCUCCACAUGGAAACCUAGCGACAAGUAGUAGGCAUUUCUAUCAUUAUGGAUUUGAGAGUUUAAAAAAUUGUUAACCAUUACAGGUUAUGAUGUAGGCCAUGUGACUUCUGCUUGUCUUUCAUAUGCAAUCUCCACAUAAAGUAUGCAGUCUUAACUUUAGGAGCUGUAACUUUUGGUUCAGGAAUAUCUGUCAUUUAUUAUUAUGUUAUUAGUACAUAUUAGCUGUUUAGUUCACUGAUAUUGAUGACAUUUUCAUGCCGAUCAAAUAUGUCAAAUUCUAUCAAACUUGUAAAAUAAAUAACCGCAAAAAGAAUCAAAAUCAAAAUUGAUCUUUCUUGAUAUCAUUAUAUUCUAACACAAGAUAAAAAUGAAAUUCCGACAGUCCUCUCUUCAGAUUUUCUUGCUUGUUGUAGCUGAUCAUCUUGUAUUGUGACACAGUGAUGCAGGUUUGGUUUUGAAUAAACCUGACAAUUUGUAGAAGGAAGGUGGCUUUUCAAGCUGGACUGGAGAUCGACAAAUUCCUUAGAAGACAAGAAGUAGUGGUAGUAAAAUAUAAGGCAACAAGGAGGUUAGUCUGUACAAUUUUAUGUUUGUUGGUCUGAGGUUCUCAUAUGAACCAAGUUUGAUGACAAAAACUAUUAAAUUUUAAUUAUAAUUUUGUUUAUA